UCAGUUGCAGUAGGAUUUCGGACCUGCAACGUCGUAUCGACAUUUACUUCCUAUUCUCUUCAAACAUUGCCCAUUUACCAACUUUUAUUCCUAUUUCCAUUGUUUUUUUUUUCACACGGAUACACGUUUGGGGGAUAGAUCUUUUAUGGUCCUGGCCGAAGACUCCACGAUGUCUCGCACGGACGAGGUUCACCGAUUGACGGAAAAUGUCUACAAGACCAUCAUGGAGCAGUUCAACCCCUGCUUACGGAACUUUGUCGCCAUGGGAAAGAACUACGAGAAGGCCCUCGCCAAUGUGACAUUUGCAGCCAAAGGCUACUUUGACGCGCUGGUGAGAAUGGGCGAGCUGGCCAGCGAGAGUCAAGGAUCCAAAGAUUUGGGGGAUGUGCUGUUCCAGAUGGCCGAGGUCCACAGACAGAUCCAAGUGCAGCUGGAGGAGAUGCUGAAAUCUUUCCACAACGAGCUGCUGUCAGAGCUGGAGAAGAAGGUGGACCUGGAUGCCCGCUACCUGACUGCGGCGCUGAAGAAGUACCAGGUGGAGCACAAAAGCAAAGGCGACAGUCUGGAGAAGUGCCAGGGGGAGCUGAAGAAGUUGCGCAGGAAGAGCCAGGGCAGCAAGAACCCCUCCAAGUACGGCGAGAAGGAGAUGCAAUUUGUGGAGACCAUCAGCAGCAAGCAGACCGAGCUGGACACCUUCAUCGCCGAGGGCUACAAGACGGCCUUGUCCGAGGAACGUCGGCGGUACUGCUUCCUGGUGGACCGCCAGUGCGCCGUGGCCAAGAACAGCAGCGCCUACCACGGCAAGGGUAAAGACCUCCUGACCCAGAAGAUCCCGGUCUGGCUGCAGGCCUGUUCAGAUCCCAACAAGCUCCCAGAGAGGGCCGUGCUCUUGGCCCAGCAGAUGGGCUCAGGAAACGUAGGCGGCACCAGCCCCAUGCACGCUUCAAAAUCCAACCUGGUCAUCUCUGACCCCAUCCCCGGAGCUCAGCCCCUUCCUGUGCCCCCGGAGUUGGCCGUGUUCAUGGGCAGUGGCCUCGGACACCAGGCGAGGCUGAUGGGCCCCGACGGAAUGUCCAUGGUCAACGGGACAACAGGAGCGCACGGCGAGGAAUACUGGUCGGAUGGCGGCAAUUUAUCCCAAGUCAGACCUCCGUCUCCACAGACUCGGGCCCAGGGGCAGUCCCAGGCUCAGCCUCAGAGACAGGUCAGCGACGUCUACUCCAACACCCUGCCUGUGCGCAGGCCCGCACCUGCCAAGAAUAAGAACCCAGUGGGAGAGACCCGGACCCUUCCCCGCUCCAGCUCCAUGGCGGCGGGCUUGGAGAAGAACGGGCGCUCCCGCGUGCAAGCCAUCUUCUCGCACGCCGCCGGCGACAACGGCACCCUGCUCAGCUUCUCCGAGGGCGACGUCAUCACCCUGCUGGUGCCCGAGGCUCGCGACGGCUGGCACUACGGCGAGAACGAGAAGAACAAAAUGCGUGGCUGGUUCCCGUUCUCCUACACGCGGGUGCUGCCCGACAGCGAUGGCGAGAAGCUCAAAGUGAAUCUGCAUCACGGGAAAAGUAGCAGCACGGGCAACUUGUUGGAGAGUGACGCAUCCCUGCCCACGCCCGACUACGGCCUGACCGCCCGACUGUUGGCGCAAAGUCUAGCACAGACGCGCCCACGGCCCUACAGCAUGGCGGGCUUUGGCACCCAGCCUGCUGUCGAGGAUUACGACGCUCGCUUCGCCACGAGUUUGGGUCCAGAGUUGUCCCGCUUCUGAGGGAUCAGGACCUCCUGACCGUUCCAUGGAGGUCUUCCUCCGGCCCACCUUCAGUGAUGACCGAUCUGCCACCAUCUUCUACUAGCUGACUGCAGUCCCCUAUUUUGGCCACUAGAGGGCCCCAGAAACAUAGCAGGAGAAAAGGGGGGGGGGAAAGGCGUAUUGGGGUGCGUUCACACUUGAUAUUUGGGGGGGGUUCAGUUUGAAAUAACUGCGGGUGCGCUUGUGAACCUGCACGGACCAAAAACUGGUUCCAGUGUGAACAUGAUAGUGUGUGCGCGGCACUCUCUCAAAAUAAAAAAGGUAAACGUUGGAAUAUUUGAUUAGAAAUACAAAAAUAACCUACCAUAUUUUCCACACUAUAAGCCUCUACUUUUUUUUUUUUUCCCCCAGCGCUUUGAACCCUGCAGCUUAUAAAACGGUGUGGCUAGUUUAUGAAUAAAAAAACAUUUUGUAUUCAAAUAGAUUUCAUAUUACGUCGACAAGAGACACUGAAAAGGUGUGUUAUUGUUUUUGUUAUGGCGCCGUCUUUUGGACGAAUUUGCUCAUUGCAGAUGCUGCGGGUGGAAAAUGUAAAUCCUGUUUUGUGCAUUUAACCGGAACUAUAACCAAGUUUUUGCUCUAAAGGUUUGCGUCAUUCAUCACUCCCAAGCUACGUUUAUAAAGCUUUACAAUAUAACUACAACAAUUCAUACUUGAUGAACCGUCGUGCAUUUAACCCACUGUGUGUGUGUG